AGAGUUGCAGAGCUGACUGGAUAUGAACCUCAAGAUUUGAUUGAAAAGACCCUUUAUCAUCAUGUGCAUGGAUGUGAUACAUUUCAUCUGAGGUGUGCACAUCAUUUAUUACUUGUGAAAGGACAAGUUACUACAAAGUACUAUCGGUUCCUGGCUAAACAUGGAGGAUGGGUUUGGGUACAGAGCUACGCUACAAUUGUGCACAACAGCAGAUCGUCCAGACCACAUUGCAUCGUCAGUGUGAAUUAUGUUCUCACAGAUACUGAAUAUAAAGGACUUCAACUGUCUUUGGAUCAAGUUACAACAAAA